CCGCCUCGGCUCCCGGCACGCCGCCCCUGGAGCCGAGCCGAGCCGAGCCGAGCGUCAUUCCGGCUGCAGCCGCAGACAUGGCGACGCUGACAGUGGUCCAGCCGCUCACAUUAGACAGAGAUGUUGCAAGAGCAAUUGAAUUACUGGAGAAACUACAGGAGUCUGGAGAAGUACCAGUACACAAGCUACAGUCCCUAAAGCAAGUACUGCAGAGUGAGUUUUGUACCGCUAUCAGAGAGGUAUAUCAAUAUAUGCAUGAAACCAUAACUGUUAAUGGCUGCCCAGAAUUCCGUGCGAGGGCCACUGCAAAGGCAACAGUUGCUGCUUUUGCAGCAAGUGAAGGCCAUUCACACCCUCGAGUGGUGGAGCUGCCAAAGACUGAUGAAGGUCUUGGAUUUAAUGUGAUGGGAGGAAAGGAACAAAACUCUCCUAUAUACAUUUCUCGUAUCAUUCCUGGAGGGGUGGCAGAAAGACAUGGAGGACUAAAGCGAGGAGACCAGCUGCUUUCUGUUAACGGAGUGAGUGUGGAAGGAGAGCACCAUGAAAAAGCAGUGGAGCUCCUGAAGGCUGCUAAAGAUAGUGUCAAGCUGGUUGUGCGCUACACUCCCAAAGUGUUGGAAGAGAUGGAGGCUCGUUUUGAAAAACUGAGGACAGCACGACGCCGGCAACAGCAGCAACUGCUAAUUCAGCAGCAGAAACAGCAGCAGAAUACACAGCAAAAUCAUAUGUCGUUAUUCUCAAGACUAAAAUCCAGAUCAAGAAUUCAGUAACCAAGCAAUUGGAGCUGUGCUUCAAUAUUCCAACCUACAGUUACAAGGAAACAGAGGGAACACAAUAACUGAACUUAUCAAGAAGUUGUGAAUAAGUGGUGUAAGAAUAAUUUAGUAAGAACCACAACACACCUGGUACCUUCUUUAUAAGGCUUUUCAGUACGGUGCAGUCUCAGAUACAAGAUUUCUAUGAUUUUAUUCCUAAUGAGCAGUAUGGUAAGUAAACACUAUGAAAUGUAGAGAAGUUUGGGGUUUCUGAAUAAAUCAUUGUAAGGUCCAGUCUUGCACUCCUUAUUCUAACAAAACUCUGGCCUAUUGGUUCACAGAGGUCAGUGAGGGUUAUAUCUAAGGAUGCCAAGAUCGGCUGCUAGUAAAGGUGAAGUCUCUCUGCAGUUAUUUCCAGAAAUGAACAACUUGUAGUCCAUCAACCAAACUGCAUCUGUUCAAAAUGUUGCCACAAACAUAAAACAAAAACUCUCACAUCAUACUCCAUAACCUCUUUCUACUAUAUAUUGUAGAGUUGUUUUAAUCUGACUUCCACUUUAUAAUAAUUUUAAUUUUUUCCCUGAAAAUAGCAAGUUACUAUAUUUAUAAAAUAUUCAGUCGUAGAAGCAAUUGGCUUUUUACUCGAUGUUUCCAUAUAUUUUAUUAUGCAUCAAUAGAGUGAGGCAGUUUUAGAUCUACUUUAAUUUUAUUAGUAGUAAGGCUAGAAAAUCUUAGAACGUAUUUUUAAAUAUAGGUAUUGCUUGUAUCCAUUAUAGCUAUUAUUCUGAAAUCAAUAACUUAAUAUACCAUAUAUUUAUUCCAUAAAAUAUAUAUUGUUAGAAUGUAUUUGUUACAGAAAUAGGAUCUUUGCUUACCAUGUAUUACAAAUAUAGUAAGAUAAUGUUAGCAAAAGACCAAGUUUUGUUUGGCACAUAUUAAUGUGAUAAAUAUAACCCAGCUAUCUUAGCUUUUCUGUAUUUUAAAAUUUAUUUUGUAUUUCAUUGUUAAUAUAUUUAGGAGAAGUGUAAAUUGUUCCUGGCAUAUUUUCUUGUAGGUCAGUUUGAUCUUAAAGUUUAGAACUUUACCAAAUCAAAUUGGAAUGUAAAAGCAAAAUAUAAGAACCUUUUUAAGUUUACAUUUACUUUUCCAAAGAUUAAUGAACAGUCACAGCCAAAGCUGGAAGGCUAAAAAGAUCAUCUACCUUGGAAGUGAAAAAAAA